AAAACGUGUCAGUUUGUCACUUUCACGCGGUUGGAGUAACAACAUAAUCAACUACUUAUGAAAUUAGCUCAAAUCUAGGUUUUAUCUUUAGAUUUUUAGAAAUGUAACAACUAAGGAAGAAUGUUUCAGUUUGUCUUCUCUUACGCCUAACUCCAGCUGGGUCUGCUUCAAAAGCGUCACCGGAAGUCUCGUGAUUUUGCGCUUCUGGGUUUAGAAACUCUGUGUUGGCGAGCUCUGUAGUUACUCAAUGUCGCCAUGACAUCGUCUACAAGCGUGAUCGGGGAUUUAUAUUGGUGAAGCAGUUUGUACAUAUCGUCAUACUAAAUCAUCCUUGCCUUAAUCGUUUUAAAAUUUCAAUGUGGUGACGUCAGAGUUGGGACGUCCCAAGGAUCCCGUUUAGAUUUUUCCAUGACGUUCCAUUAACCGGAAAAUAGCAGACAGCUGAAUCAACUCGUUAUUCUUUGAGCUGCUAUCGUGCAACCAGGUGGACGACGACUCCCUUUUCUCGUACUUCGAGCAUCAAGGACCCGAUCUCCGCUGGAGGACUGUGAACUUGGCCACCUGCCAGGCUGGGCCUCCUUCCUCCUGACUGACACCUCCAGAGCUUCRUCUGCAGGUAUCGUAACAUGGGGAACCUGCUAAAAGUCCUGACUUGCACAGAUCUGGAACAGGAGCCCAAUUUUUUCCUCGAUUUUGAAAAUGCCCAGCCCACAGACGCAGAACGAGAAGUGUGGGAGAAGGUGGACCUGGUGCUGAAGGAUGCUAGGGGAAUCCUGGACGAACUGCAAGCAUACAAGGGAGCGGGUCAAGAGAUCAGAGAGGCAAUCCAGAACCCCAACGAUGAGGCGUUACAGAAGGCAGCGUGGGCGGCCGUGGUCCCCCUGGUGGGGAAACUCAAGAAGUUCUACCAGUUCUCACAGAGAUUAGAGGCGGCGCUGCACAGCCUACUGGGAGCCCUGACCAGCGAGACGUAUGACAACCCCACGCAGAACCUGGAGCGCGAACAGGCGCUGGCCAAGCAGUUCGCCGAGAUCCUGCACUUCACACUGCGCUUCGACGAGCUCAAAAUGACUAACCCUGCCAUCCAGAAUGACUUCAGCUAUUACAGGAGAACUUUGAGCCGCAUGCGGAUCAACAAUACACCGACAGAGGGGGAGAAUGAAGUCAACAACGAGCUGGCCAAUCGGAUAUCUCUGUUCUACGCCGAUGCCACGCCCAUGUUGAAGACGUUAAGCGACGGCACGACAAAGUUUGUCUCAGAGAAUAAGAACUUGCCCAUCGAGAACACGACAGACUGCUUAAGCACGAUGGCGAGUGUGUGCAAAGUCAUGUUGGAAACGCCGGAGUACCGUAGCCGCUUCACCAGUGAGGAGACGGUUUCGUUCUGCCUGCGCGUCAUGGUUGGCGUCAUCAUCCUCUAUGACUAUGUGCAUCCUGUCGGAGCCUUCUCCAAGUCUUCCAAGAUUGAUAUGAAAGGGUGCAUCAAGGUCCUCCGAGAUCAACCGCCCAACAGCGUAGAAGGCCUUUUAAACGCUCUCAGGUACACAACCAAGCAUUUGAAUGACGAAUCGACCAACAAGACCAUCAAGAGCAUGCUGCAGCAGCAGUAGGGCUGAAACUCUGGUACAACCGCUCGCCUCACGCCCGGUUUCGGGAGACGUCGAUGCUCUCUCCCCAACGCCGUCGGUGCACAGAAUGUUUUGUUUUAUUUUAUUUUAAAUGGAGAAAGAGCUGCACUUUUUAUAAUGCAAAAUGCUACUGCCAUUAUGCACGUAUUUUAUGUGCCAAAAAGAUGUUGCUGAGAUUUAAAUGUUUUCGAAAAAGGCCAUAGAACAAGAUGGCAGCUAUGAAAGCAUUGUGGGUUCUCUGUUGUUAAAAAAAAAAUGAUUUGAGUUUUUCCCUGUGUAAGAGAUGGGAGUGCUUUGACUUGAACAUUUUAAAAAGAGAGCUAUAUAGAGAAAUAUAUAUUAUUUUUUGUUUGAUUUAUUAUUUAAUGUUACAUCUUCUGCAUGACGAAAUGACGUAUUUGUUCUAUUUAAAAAAAAGUAUGGUUCAAGUUUAAUUUGUUUGCUCAGUUGUGUUCAAUGUUUUGUUCUCUGAAUGGUACUUGUCGGAAUUAAGACGAUUAAAAAGUUUGUACUGUUAAUGUUUUAUAUUUUUUUAUAGGUUUUGAGUGUGAUUUGAGUGUAUGCCAUUUUUCAUAGUUGUGUUGUAUUUUUCCUUGAACAUUUCAAACUGCGAUGUGUGCAAAUCAUUUUUAAAGUUGUGAGUCUGUACUGUUGUUGACAGUAUGUUGCAGCUGGGAAAAAUAAACAGAGAACUCUUGUUUUCUACAAAUGAC